AUGGAGCAGGCGUGUGGGGAGGGGUCAGCCGGGGAGACGUGCUCAGUAAACAAAAUAGGACCUCCCCGGGUUUGUGAACGCAUCUCUCCGUCGUCUCGGGCUGUCAACAAACUGGAGCUGAAGCGUCGCCGUGUGGCCUCCAGGGGGCGUUUAGAGCCGGAGCACCAGAGUGCUCUUGAGCCUGGAGCGCCUCUAGCAGCAGGCGGCCACAGACACACAGCUGGGGUACAGGUGAAGCCGAGGAGAGAAGACCCACCGACAGUGACGGAGAGCCCUGGGCCUCGCUGCUAUCCGCUAACCGCUGCUCCGGGCUAA